UUGCAGAAAGAUUCGCACCCUCGCUGGAGUUGAUCUGCUUUGUGUUAAAAGCGCUGUGCAGUCAGUCGAGCAGCACUCCUCCACGCACAGGGAUACGGGAUGCGCUAACGUUGUGUUUAUUUCUUACACAGCAAUACCAGUUUAUUCAAAUAUGACCGUCGGUAAUUGUGACAUUGCACAGAAAAAGGGAAGAUGACUCUCUAGUGAAGGCUUAAUGGUAACAGAGGAAGAAGCUGCUCAUUUCUACUGACUCUAAAACCACCUUGUUAGCGAGUGACCACAAUACAGGCAGCACUGACCACCAUGUCUCUGCUUGUCCACUUGUUAGCCUGCGCUUUCGGUACAGGCUCCUGGGUAGCCAUCAAUGGUCUGUGGGUGGAACUGCCUCUCAUCGUGAAUGAGCUCCCAGAGGGAUGGUACCUGCCUUCUUACCUAACUGUCAUCAUCCAGCUAGCCAACGUAGGGCCUCUGCUGGUCACCCUCAUGUACAAGUUCUGUCCUGGCCGACUGAAAGCAGUGGUUGUCAUCUAUAUGAUCCUGAGCCUUGGGGCAGUCUCAUGCUUCCUGCUUGCUUUCUUUUGGAAAGAGACCACAGUGGUGGCCGGGGAGCUCCACAGCACAGCAUUCCUGAUCAUCACCUUUUUCUUGUCCCUCUUAGACUGCACCUCCUCCGUCACCUUCCUGCCUUUCAUGAUGCAGUUCCCGGCCCAGUAUCUCACAACAUACUUCAUCGGGGAAGGUCUGAGCGGCUUCAUCCCAGGGCUGGUGGCUCUGGGUCAGGGUGUGGGCAUGAUCAAGUGUGUCAACGUUACCCAGGGGUGGGACAAUAUGACUGAGACUAACACCACCUCCAGCCAGACUGGCCAUUACUCCACAGAGAGCCAGUACCAGCCGGCCAAUUUCUCCACUGAAAUCUUCUUCUUCUUUCUGGCUGGGAUGAUGGGGCUCAGCCUGGUCGCUUUCGUCUUUCUAACCAGGAUUCCCAGGAAUUUUGAGCGUUCCUGUGAGAACCUGGUGGCAGAUCAGGUGGUCUUCACAGCCUCCUCCGGGCUGGACAACAGCGGGAAGGAUCCCGCUGGAGAGACUGAGAGCAAUGAGCUGACAAUCUCUGUGAAUCUUCAAAAACAAGAGGCAAGCACAUUGCCCAGCAAAGCCAAGUACUCUGGAAAGCAGUUUGCUUUCAUGUACUUUCUUGUUGCUUGGGUCAAUUCACUGACUAACGGUGUGUUGCCAUCUGUCCAGACGUACUCCUGUAUGCCCUAUGGGAACACGGUGUACCACCUGUCCGCUGCACUGGGCUCCAUGGCCAAUCCUGUCGCAUGCAUUAUUGCAAUGUUCUUCCCAAACAGGUCCCUGUUGUUGCUCGGGGGUCUCUCUCUGGCUGGGACUGGUUUCGGUGCUUAUAACAUGGCCAUGGCAGCUAUGAGUCCCUGCCCUCUGCUUCAGAACUCACUUGGUGGAGGAGUGCUUAUUGUCCUGUCUUGGAUUUUCUUUGUUGGAACUCUGUCUUAUGUGAAAGUGAUGGUGGGCUUGAUACUGCGAGACAAAAGCCACAGCGCCCUCGUGUGGUGCGGAGUAGCAGUGCAGAUGGGGUCGAUGGUCGGGGCUCUGGCCAUGUUUCCAUUAAUCAACGUGUAUUACCUGUUCAAAUCAGGAGACAGCUGCAAUACCAACUGUUCAGUAUGAAAAGUAUGAGAUGAACUGUGUAAACAGGGCUCCAGUAGAGUGAGCAAUACAGCAAGUACUAAACAUAAAGAACAAAUAAAUAACAUACUGAGUGAA